AUGGUAACCUUUUUCCAUGACUUAAUGCACAAGGAGAUUGAGGUUUAUGUAGAUGACAUGAUCGUUAAGUCACGAAAUGGGGGAGACCAUGCAGCAAACUUGGAUAAAUUAUUCAAGUGGCUCCGAAAAUGUCAGUUAAAGUUGAAUCCCAAAAAAUGUACUUUCAAUGCCACUUCCGAAAAGCUGCUGGGGUUUAUAGUGAGCGAGAAGGGGAUCAAGGUUGACCCCGACAAGGUCAAAGCUAUUCAAGAGAUGCCUAACUCAAAGUCUAAAAAGGAGGUACGAAGUUUCCUGGGUAGGCUCAACUACAUUGCCCGAUUCAUAUCUCAACUGACUGCCACUUGUGAACCCAUCUUCAAGUUAUUGAGAAAUAAUAACCUAGAAAAGUGGAACGAACAAUGCCAAGUAGCUUUCGAAAGAAUAAAGGAGUACCUCUUGAACCCUCCAGUUAUAGUACCUCCAGUGCCUGGAAGGCCGCUAAUCCUUUACCUUGCUGUGUCAGAAAACUCCAUGGGAUGUGUAUUAGGCCAACAUGAUGAAUCCAGGAGAAAAGAAAGGGCCAUUUACUACCUAAGCAAGAAGUUCACGAAUUACAAGUCUAAGUACUCCGACUUGAAAAAAACAUGUUUUGCUUUGGAAAGCCAUCAAGGGAAGUGUCAUUGCGGAAUACCUGGCAAAGAGAGCUACCAACCUAUGGAGUUCGAGUUCCGGGACAAGGACGUUGACUCCAUAACCCAAGAAGAAGAGGAUCCCAAAAAAUGGGUGAUGUUGUUUGACGAGGCAAUCAAUGUUUGGGGACAUGGAAUAGGAGCCAUACUCAUAUCACCAAAAGGGAGACAUUAUCUCGUGGUAGCCAAGCUUGUUUUUCCUUGCACUAAUAACAUAGCAGAAUAUGAGGCAUGUAUAUUAGGAUUACAAGCCGCUAUGGAUCGAGGUGUCAAGCGUUUAAUGGUAAGAGGAGACUCGGCCUUGGUCAUUCACCAGCUGACUAAAGAAUGGGAAACUCAGGAUGCCAAACUAGUAUUGUAUCAAGAGUACAUCCAGGAGAUGAUCAAAGGAUUUGAUAGUAUCAGUUUUUCCCACCUUCCAAGAGAAAACAAUGUGAUUCUUGAUGCAUUGGCUACAUUGGCCACCUUGUUUGAAGUAGAAGAAGGGGUGGAGAUUGAGCCUAUUCAGAUCAUAAUACAGUCAGAGCCUACCCAGUGCACAGUGAUAGAGGAGGUCGACGGAAAGCCUUGGUUUCAUGAUAUCAAGACAUACAUCCAAAAAAUGAGUACCCUUAAGGGGCAACCAAUAAUGAUCGAAAUACAAUCAGGAGGCUGGCCAUGGGAUUUUUCCUGGAUGAACCAGCGGCAAGUUAACACUGGGGCAGACUCCAAGCGCUUUUUGGAAAUAAGGCCAAGACUAGCGACAGAUAAGCACUGGAGCAAACUUUGCGAUGAGUUUCAUUUGGUUCAUGCCAGAUGCCUUCAUAUCAGACUGGUAUUUAAAAGCAUGGCUAAGAUCAGGGGUUGGGUGGCCAUUUACAGGCGCAUUGAAAAAUGA